UAAUCCCUUCCACACCGAACCAUUUGACGCGGCAGCUACCCCGAAGAGAAGAACAAGCGAGCGUGGUCGUCUUGGAUCUGAUGGCGAGGAGAGCGAUCUCCACGAUCACCGGAGGCGCCACCCGCUCCGUCCUCGGCAUCCACGUCUUCCACUGCCCGGAUGUGGUGGGGAUCGUCGCCAAGCUCUCGGAGUGCAUUGCAUCGCGGGGUGGAAACAUUCGCAGCGUGGAUGUCUUUGUCCCUGAGAAUAGGUCGGACUUUUAUUCCAGGAGUGAAUUUGUAUUUGAUCCUACUCAUUGGCCUCGGGAUGUGGUGGACAAUGACUUCAUCAAAUUAUCAAAGUUAUUCAGUGCAGAAAAAUCUAUUGUACGAGUCCCUGAUCUAGAUCCUAAAUAUAAGAUUGUGAUUCUUGCUUCAAAGCAGGAACAUUGUUUGGUGGACUUGUUAUAUAAAUGGCAGGAGGGUAGACUACCUGUGGAUAUCAGCUGUGUGAUAAGCAAUCAUCAAAGAGCUCCAAAUACACAUGUUAUUCGUUUUCUUGAAAGACAUGGAAUUCCAUAUCAUUACUUGCCAACAAGUGUAGGAAAUAAAAGAGAAGCAGAGAUCCUGGAGUUGGUUGAAGAUACGGAUUUUCUUGUACUUGCAAGAUAUAUGCAGAUACUGUCUGGAAGGUUUUUGGAGAGUUAUGGUAAAGAUAUAAUUAACAUCCAUCAUGGUCUUCUUCCAUCAUUUAAGGGUGGGAGUCCUUCCAAACAGGCUUUUGAUGCUGGGGUAAAGUUGAUUGGCGCAACAAGUCAUUUUGUAACUCAAGAGCUGGAUGCUGGUCCAAUUAUUGAACAAAUGGUGCAUACUGACCAGUAUAUACCGGUCCGACCUGAUUCUGGCAAAUUUGUUGGGUCCAAUUGAAACAGGUUUUGUAUUCUUUUUCUUUUUCUGGGCAAGCUGAAACAACUGUUGCUAGUUGUUUGGUUUUGGGUAUCAACAGAUGGUAAAAAAUAAAAUCUGUUGACUUUUCCAUCGCAACCUCUGUAUUCUCUCUCUCUUUCUUUGCACGGCUAUGACUGUUGCCACAGCAACCUUCGCAAUCACUACCUUGACAUCCUCCUAGUCCCAUUGUCACAUCAGUCACCUCCUGAUAUUGUCAUUGCUGUAGAUUCCUACAGUAAGCAAAGUUGUCACCUCUGCAUCCUCUCCCAUUUCCUCCGGCUCUUCUUCCUCCUUGUCCUCUCCUCUUCUCUCCCUCUUAUUCUUUGGUCUAUGCCAAUCAGGAUGUUAGCAUACCACAUGUCGGUGUACUGAUAUGUACCAGAGCCAGACCAACAUGGUUCUUGGAUCAAAACUUGAAACCUUGACUGUAAUAAUAGAUACAUUUGAUGAUAUUUUGCUCUUGGCUU